AUGGCGAUCAGUAGCGAAGCCCUGAACUCCCUGAAACUCACAGACCCAACGCAGUUACUGACGCCGAGCUCCGCGCUCUCCCAAACGGCUCGAACGGCCUUGCAGAACCUCUUCUCCUCCCUCAGACCGUUCACGCCCAAAUCGCCAUUUGAUCAGCUGUUAACAGACGGCUUCGACGCCGAGCAGAUAUGGCAGCAAAUCGACCUCCAAUCGCAGCCGCUCAUCUCGAGCCUCCGCCGAGAUUUGAAACGGUUCGAGAAAAAUCCGGACGAGAUUAAGACGCUGAAGGUGCUUGUACAAGGCGAAGAGAAGGUUCUGGAAGCUGAAAAUGAGGGUUUAAAGAACGAAAUCGAUGGUUCUGAUGAGGAAUUAGAUGAAUUUGAUGAAGACGAUGAGGAGGAGGAACAGGAAGAAGAAGACGAGGAAGAACGUGAAGAGAAUGAGAGUGAGGAUGAAGAGGAGGGAGAAGACAGUGAAGGUGAAGGUGAAGGUAAUAAUGGGAUAGAGGAUGGGUUUUUUAAGAUAAAGGAUUUGAAGAAGUCUUUGGAGGAUAGUGAAGCUAGGGAAUAUGGGUUAAUGAAGACUGAAAAGAAGAAGAAGAAGAAAAAGAAGAAAGGUAGCGAUGAUGAUGAUGAUGAGGAUGAAGAAGAAGAUGAGCUGCUUGGAGAUUUAGACAUUGGCGAUGAUGAGGAUGAAGAAGACGCAGACAAGUUUGCAAGAUAUGAAGACUUCUAUGGAGGAAAAAAGGAAAAACCUUCUAAACGAAAACCAAAAUUGGUUGAUGGAUCAAAAGAUUUGGGCAUAAACAAUGAGGAUGAGGAUGAGGAUGAAGAUGAAGAUGAUGAAGAAGAAGUUGAAGAAGAUGAUGAUGAAGAUGAACAAAAAGAUGAGAAGAAACAUACAACUCUUUCUACCCAUGAAACGAAGCUUCAGAAACUUCGUUCCGAAAUAGACCAGAUGGAAAAAGCAAAUUUGGAGCCAAAAAAUUGGACCAUGCGAGGAGAGGUAACUGCAGAGAGAAGGCCAAAGAACAGUGCGCUAGAAGUUGAUCUAGAUUUUGAACACAAUGUUAGACCUCCCCCUGUAAUCACAGAGGAGGUUACAGCAUCGAUUGAGGAUAUCAUCCAGAAAAGAAUCGAGCUGGGGCGUUUUGAUGAUGUUCAAAAGGCUCCGACUUUACACUCUAAAGCACCAAGAGAAAUUAAAGAGUUGGACGAGAAUAAGAGCAAGAAGGGUCUAGCUGAAGUCUAUGAGGACGAGUACGUUCAAAAGACGAAUGUGGCUUCUGGUCCAUUGUCAUUCACAGACAAACAGAAGGAAGAGGCAAGCAAGCUGUUCAAGAAACUUUGCUUGAAGUUGGAUGCUCUUUCUCAUUUCCACUUCACUCCAAAACCUGUUAUCGAGGAUAUGACUGUACAAGCUAAUAUCCCCGCUCUAGCGAUGGAAGAGAUUGCACCUGUGGCUGUCUCUGAUGCAGCAAUGCUAGCGCCUGAGGAAGUGUUUUCAGGCAAAGGUGAUAUUAAAGAAGAAGCAGAACUUACACAGGCAGAGAGAAAGAGGAGGAGAGCUAACAAGAAAAGGAAAUAUAAAGGGAAGGAAGGAUAA